GCAAGGCAGCAGGCUGAGAAAAAGCUAGCAGGGAAAUCACAGGUGUGCCCUGUUUCUAACAGCCUUUCCCAUUGGAAGUCUAUAAGCUGCUUUGUGAGUUGCUUUGAACAAAGGAAUGGAAUCCACCAGAUGCCCAUCUAUGUGGUAGUAACAGAACUAUAAUGAAAUGAUACUGAUCUGAGGAAGAAGAUAAGAUGCAGAACAGCUCCAUCACACUCAGGUUGCACAACUUACAGCUUCCCUUUUCCAGCACCUGGAAAUAUGGGAUCCUGGCAUUAGCCAUCCUCUUGCUCCUGGGGGCCUUGACCAUCCUGGCUUACCAGAUGUGCCAGCUUCAGAAGCACAACAGGACUGGGAAAAAGAAGAAAUACGACAGUGGAGAUGGGGUGAAGAUGAGGGCACAGAAUGGUGUGUGGGGGAAGAAGAUGCCGCCUCUUCUGCUUGACAGCAGCCAGCAGAGUGACAUGGAUAUGGAGGCACGUACAUUAGUGCUGGGCAAGGCUGAGAGUCGUAUGAAGUCCGGUGCUGAGGGAAGUGAAAAACCUGCAGUGCAAUUUUUGGGAAAGUUGAUGACUAAUCGAUCUCAAGUUUCACUUCUACUUACUCCUCCUUUAUACAGCAUUUGUUCAAUCUGAGGGAAGGAGCAAUGGCAAGUUUCUCUCCUUUCCCUUCCCCCCCAAUUCCACCCCGUGUCUGUUACUGGAGGGAUGUGGUUUCCCGUAACGCAAAUUCCUUGAGUUCCUGCUGCCCUCCGCAGAGCAGUGCAGGAAGCCAUGAGGCAGGCAGUGGGCUCAAUGAUGGCCCCAAAAUACCACCAACAGCUGCCGAGCUCGAACCGGCUGCUGGAGGGCUGCAGCUGCUGAGAGAACAGUGAAGCAAGAGGGGAAGGAGGUUGAAAGAGCAGCUGUCCUCCUCCAGCAAGGGCACUACAGGAUCAUAGAAUUGCUUAGGUUGGAGGAGACCUCAAAGAUCAUCUAGUUCCAACCCCCAUGCCAUGGGCCAGCUUGCCAACCACUGCCAACACACCUUCCUGCCACUGUAGGGAAAGGAGGACAAUUCAGACUGCUGUGCUUUAAAAAACCCAUCUGUCUCCUUUCCUCUCACCCCUGUUUUCCAUAGAUGGCGGAGAUGGGAGCAGGGCUGGACACACCCCAUCCCUGUCUCUCCUGCAGCAUCACUGAAGACCCAAGCCCCCUGCCCAGCUCCCAGGGAAGUCUGAAGUUCUCCCUCCUGUACCGCAGGGAGCAAUGUGAGCUGCUGGUGAGCGGCCUGGAGGUGCGGGGCCUGCCCAGCCACAGGCACACUGAGGUGGCCGUCUGGUUCCGACUGCUGCAGCGAGUCCCAUCCCACACCCCUGGGCUCCAAUGUGUGGUUCAGGAGUGGCAGAGCCGGGCAGUGAAGAACUGCAGCGGGACGACCUUUGGGGAGCACUUUGUCUGCUCCCUGCAGGAUGCUGAGAUGGAGAGGAGCACCCUGAAGAUGGAGGUCCAACAUUUUGACAAAUACUCCAGGAAUGCCACACUAGGGGAAGUCAGGGUUGCCCUGAGCCAGCUGAAGGCUUCCCAGAGCUUGGUUUUGUGUGCGGAACUGCAGAAGACUACAAAGGAUGUCGUGGGAGAGGUGCUGCUGUCUCUGAGGUGCCUGCCCAUAUCCCAGAGGAUGGAGGUUGGGCUGCUCAAGGCAAAAACCUACCCCCCUUGCAGUGCUGCAGAGAAGAGUGUAUACGCAAGAAUAGAUGUUUCCUGCAGACGCCACAGGCAGAAGCACCAGAAAUCCAGGCUGCAGGCACACACUGCACUCAUCAUUUUCAAUGAGACCUUCCUGUUCCCUAUGCCCCAAGCUGCAGCGUGGGACAGCUCUGUGCUCGUCUCCCUUUAUGAAGUGGGCCCUGAGCCCAGGCACCUCAUCGGGCAGGCCAGUGUGGGCAGGAACAUGGCAAGGGAUGCAGCUGACCACUGGGAUCUCAUGGCCAAGUCCAUCCAGCAGCCUGUAGCCCAGUGGCAUCCUCUCCUCAUUUAGAGGGGAGGACUUCUGCAGCUCUUUGUGAUGGUCUGGCUGAGUUUUCUUGCACAAAUGAGCAGCAAUCACAGUGAAUAUAUCUAAAAGAUGAGUCAGAGCUUGACAUACUUGGUAAGAUUCAGGUAACUUCUCCUUUAGCUUCCUCCUACUGCUUCUGCUGCUCCUGGUGGUCCCAUAUCACCUUCAGUAGAGCAGUAGGAUCUCAGAAAUGUCCGGGGCUGGAGGAAACUGAUCCCUGUGGCAGAAAAUAGGGCAGUGGGCAUUGCAGGGCAGGCACUAAGUAGGCAAGAGGAAAAAGGGGUGGGAGAAGGAGUCCCUGCUCCUAUUCAUGAAAUAAGGAGGCAUCAAAAGGGGAAGUGAUUUGCGUCAGUUCAAACCAUACAUGCAUUCUGGGACAGACGUGCUUGUAGACCUGAAUAUGCUUGCAUCUGUAUCUGUCUUAUCCUCCUGAAUUUUGAUGUUUUUUGGCCUUGGAGAUUUUCUGGGACACAUUCAUUGUAUAGGUGCAAAUAAAUAAAUGUAAAGGCAAAAAGAUAUUUCACAGCUUAAAAUGUCACCCAUUUCUCUGUCCUGAUCUGAUAUGAGGAGUCCCUUUUGUCAUUCCCUACACUCCUGCCGCGACCUCCUGGCUGCUGUCCCAGGUUUUCAGAGCACACAUUCCCUAACUCAGCAGCCCCCUGCCUGCCUGCCUGCUGAGGACUGGAGCUCCACUUUUCCUUUUAAUGCCUUUUUCUUUGCUAUGCUCCCCAGAACUCCUGCCCUCACUCAAUCAGAAGACGUGUCACCUUAGGAGAAAAUUGUUGGAUGUGUGGAUGGCUUUUGCAUAGAGCACAACCCCCCUCCCCCCCCAAAAAAAAAACCCUUGUAAUUUAGGUCACAACAGCUUAUUUGGUGUGGAAAGCAGUGAAAUGAGGCUAGUGGAAAAGAGCACACAGUCUGCCA